AUGGCGCAGAACCGCCCUUCAGCCUUCAACACCUUACGGAUGGGGGAAAUCAUCCGCGAAAAGGUGCAAGAUGGCAUCACAGGCGAGACCAGGGAUCUGCAGUACACCCAAUGUAAGAUCGUGGGAAACGGUUCAUUUGGUGUUGUCUUCCAGACCAAGCUCUCGCCUUCGAACGAGGACGCGGCAAUCAAGCGUGUGCUUCAGGACAAGCGUUUCAAGAACCGCGAACUUCAAAUCAUGAGGAUCGUGCGGCACCCCAACAUUGUCCAAUUGAAGGCCUUUUAUUACUCGAAUGGCGAGAGGAAGGAUGAGGUCUACCUGAACCUUGUUCAAGAGUUCGUGCCCGAAACCGUGUAUCGCGCUUCCAGGUUCUUCAACAAGAUGAAGACGACGAUGCCCAACCUCGAGAUCAAGCUUUACAUCUACCAGCUCUUCCGAGCACUGGCCUAUAUCCAUUCCCAAGGCAUCUGCCACCGCGAUAUCAAACCCCAGAACCUCCUGCUCGACCCCAAUACCGGCAUACUCAAGCUCUGCGAUUUUGGCAGUGCAAAGAUCCUGGUCGAGAACGAGCCCAACGUCUCGUACAUCUGCUCUCGUUACUACAGAGCCCCGGAGCUCAUUUUUGGUGCAACGAACUACACGACCAAGAUUGACGUUUGGUCGACUGGCUGCGUCAUGGCCGAGCUGAUGCUUGGCCAGCCGUUGUUCCCUGGAGAGUCGGGUAUCGACCAGCUGGUGGAAAUUAUCAAGGUCUUGGGAACGCCAACCCGUGAUCAAAUUCGGACCAUGAACCCGAACUACAUGGAGCACAAGUUCCCACAGAUCAAGCCCCAUCCUUUCAACAAGGUCUUCCGUAAAGCGGACGCCAAUGCCAUUGACUUGAUCGCGCGACUGCUCGAGUACACUCCGACGGAGCGACUUGCUGCCGUUGAUGCCAUGGUACAUCCCUUCUUCGACGAGAUUCGCGACCCGAACACCAAGCUGCCCGACUCUAGGCACCAAAGCGGGAAUCUGCGAGACCUUCCGCCCCUCUUCAACUUCUCUCGUCACGAACUGUCUAUUGCGCCGCAUCUCAACCAAAAGCUGGUGCCUGCUCACAUCAAACCUGUUCUUGCUUCGCAAGGUCUCGACAUUGACAACUUCACGCCGAUGACCAAGCAAGAAAUGAUGGCCAAGCUUGACUGA